GUGCUUUUGAUUUGGCGUUCAAUUUGGUUCUAAGUCUCGUCGCGUGUGCAUCGACGCAGUUCUCGUCAUGGUGCUGUUAAAAGUGAUCAAAUAUCUAGUGGGCUGCGUUGUGCGUGUCUGCAAUGAGCUGUCCCAGAACAUGAAUUCACUUAACAAGAUGUUUAAAUAUCAUUUACUCGAGGCGAAUUAGUUAAGAACCUAGAAAUAUAUUCGUAGUAUUUACCUUAUGUACCUGUGCACAUCAACAACCCCCUCCAUUUGCAUAACAUAAAACUUUUAUGUACAAUCAACAUAAAAUCCAUUUUAGCAAGAUGUUAAUUAAAUCUUUUGUUUGUA